GGGAAGGCCAUCGAAUCACCAAGACUUCUCCUCUCAGCCUCACACAAACCCAGCUCCCAGCGCCAUGGCUUGCUGCAUCACCCGCGGCUGCAGUGUCCCCUCCGGCCCCGCCACCACCAUCUGCUCCUCAGACAAGUCCUGCCGCUGUGGGGUCUGCCUGCCCAGCACCUGCCCACAUGAGAUCAGCCUCCUGCAGCCCACCUGCUGCGACCCCUGCCCCCCUCCCUGCUGCCAGCCUGAGGUCUAUGUGCCCAGCUGCUGGCUGCUCAGCUCCUGCCACCCAACUCCCGGCAUCAGCGGGAUUGAUGUGACGACCUUUGUCCAGCCUGGCUGUCAGAAUCCCUGUGAGCCCUGCUGCUAAGCAGCCACUCCUUGACCAGGACCAGGCUGCUCGAGGUCCUCCCUGUAACCUGGCUUCGUGCUCAUGCUGCUUUGUACCCCGGAGCUGACUCAGUCCAAUGUCUAGGGCCAGCUGUCCGUGAAUCCACUGGACCUCCCAAUGCCCUGCCCUCUGGGGACAGGGGACCUCCUACCUUUUAGGCUGUUCUGCUGCUCUUUGAGAAAUAACCAUUCGGACUACUUAUCAAUAAACUUCACUCUGGCUUAGCAAA